AUGACCACCGCUCCCGUCUACUCAGCCCCCACCACCUUUGCCGCGCCCAUGAUGUACGGAGCACCCCCUGGUGCCGUGCCGGUCUAUGGUGCCCCUGGUGUGGUGCCGGGCGCCACCUACGCUGCGCCGCAGCCGGUGCCCACAAUGAUGGCGCCCACCUAUGCUGCCCCAGUGCCCACUGGCACCCAGCCCGUUGGUACCGCCCCGGCGGAGCCGGUGGGAACUGGUGGGGACCCGGUGAACACCAGCACCACGGCAGUGGAGACGGCGGUGUCCACCCAGACCUUUCCGCCUGCGCGAAGGAGUACGGCCUUGCAGACCAUCAUGGGAUCCGUGACACAGGUCAACGUUCCUGUGGAGAGUGUGGCUGACCCAUCCAAAGCGACCAUGUCGCACUGGGCGGCCCAAUUUCAAGCCGUGUCGGUGGAGGGUGAGCCACAAUACCUUGCAGGAGUGGGCAGUGAAGUCCAGGGUGCGCCUCAGGUCAGGGUUGCUGGGGGCGGUGACACUUUGGGUUGGGGCAGCUGA